CGGAGCGAAGGCAGCCCAAGAGCAGGAAGCGCUAUUCACUAACUGGAAAAUUCACAAUAGUUUCUACCCUCCAUGCAUGCAGGGUUACGAAACUCACGGUAUCUUUAUUGAUGCGCAAGGCAAAUCAAGAAAGAAUAUUUUGACUUUGCUUUUGCACUGACAGCUGUCCCAACAGAGAUAUGGAGCAUAUCCGAACGCCCAAGGUGGAGCAGGUGCGUCUGUUGGAUCGCUUCAGCAGCAGGAGCAGCAGUGGGACGCUGCACCUCACAGCCACUCACCUGAUCUACGUAGAGAGCACUGCAGCCGGGGCCCAGGAGAUCUGGAUCCUGCACCACCACAUCGCCUCAGUGGAGAAGCUCUCCCUCACCACCAGCGGCUGCCCCCUGCUCAUCUGCUGUCGGAACUUCAGGGUGGUGCACUUUGUGGUCCAGAGAGAGAGAGACUGCCACGAUAUCUACAGCUCACUGCUCCAGCUGCUGAGGCCAGGCUCGUACGAGGAGCUGUAUGCCUUCUCCUUCAACCCCCAGCAGAACGACCAGCAGAGGGAGGAGGGCUGGCAGCUGAUAGGUCUGGGGGCUGAGUUCGAGAGGAUGGGCGUACCCUGCGACCAAUGGCAGCUCACCGACGUCAACAGAGACUACAAGGUGUGUGAGACCUACCCUAAGGACCUGUAUGUUCCCAUCACGGCCAGCAAGCCCAUCAUCGUAGGCAGCUCCAAGUUCAGGAGUAAAGGACGCUUCCCAGUUCUGACCUACUUCUACCAAGAGAAGAAGGCAGCGGUGUGUCGCUGCAGCCAGCCCCUCUCUGGGUUCAGCGCUCGAUGCCUGGAGGAUGAGAGCAUGCUGCAGGCCAUCAGCAGGGCCAAUCACAACAGCCGCUUUGUCUAUGUCAUGGAUACCAGGCCCAAGCUGAACGCCCUGGCUAACAGAGCUGCAGGGAAGGGUUAUGAGAACGAGGACAACUAUUCCAACAUCCGCUUUCAGUUUGUCGGAAUCGAGAACAUCCACGUGAUGAGAAGCAGCUUGCAGAAGAUGCUGGAAGUGGUGGGAACCCGCACUCUGUCAGUGAGUGACUUCCUGCUGGGGCUGGAGAACUGUGGUUGGCUGCGUCACGUCAAAGCUGUGCUCGACGCAGCCAUCUUCCUCACCAAGGCAGUGACGGUGGAGGGGGCGAGUGUGCUGGUUCACUGUUCAGACGGUUGGGACCGCACCGCUCAGGUGUGCUCCCUGGGGGCGCUGCUCAUGGACCCCUACUACCGUACCAUCAAGGGCUUCAUGGUGCUCAUUGAGAAGGACUGGAUCUCGUUUGGACACAAGUUUGCAGACAGGUGUGACCAGCUGGAUGGAGAUCCCAAGGAGGUGUCUCCUGUGUUCACACAGUUCCUGGAGUGUGUAUGGCAUCUCACAGAGCAGUUCCCUCAGGCGUUUGAGUUCAGUGAGUGGCUCCUGCUGCAGAUCCAUGAGCAUGUUCACUCCUGUCAGUACGGAAACUUCCUGGGCAACAACCAGAGACAGAGAGAGGAGCUGCAGCUGAGGGACAGAACUCACUCUCUCUGGGCGUUUCUGCUGGGCGAGCAACACAACUACAGGAACCCUGCCUACAGCCCCGCCCACGCCCUGGCCCACCCGGUCCUAGAGCCCUCCACAUUACCCUACCACUUCAAGUUCUGGAGGAACAUGUACCUCCAGUUUGACCGCUCCAUGCACCCUCGCCAGUCUGUGCUGAAGAACGUUCUGACUCUGAAGGAGACCAACAAGCAGCUGGAGAACACCCUGCAGUCUCUGGAGGAUAGGCUACAGCAGCUGGGGGUGCCCCUCCCCCCUGCGCCCCCUUCCAGGGGCCACCAGCGCUCUGCCCCCCCCCCCCCCGCCCCCCGCUCUCUCAUCCUGGGGGCCCCCCUCAGCCGCAAGGAGGCGCAGAGGCGGCUGGAGGAGCAGCAGGGGGAGGAGGGGGGGGAGGAGGUGGGGGAGGAGGCCACGGAGGGAGAGGAGUGCAGUGACACAGAAAGGACAGUAGAGGGCAGCAGCGCUACAGAGCGCAAGCAGAGCUAUGGAGAGCUGGAGGGGACAUACCAGGAGGCCAAGGCUGAGCCUGCUGUGGUCAGCCUGGAGUUUGGAGUGGCACGCAUGACCUGCUGAGGCAUUCUGGGAUACCUGGAGGGAGAGCGGACUGUUGGCU